AGCUUUCCCUUGUGUCAGUCACCAUGGCGGCAUACAGCAGAAAGCUGUGGCCUCAUCGUCACUUUUAAACCUAUCAUAAUGUUUUUUUUAAAGGUUGCCUUUCUACAUGUAUAGGUUUAUUAUUUUAAAAAAUGGACAACUGGUUACUGUCAGAAUAGAUUUCUACUUUUUUCUUUGAAGGCGGAUACAUGAAAUUGUGGCAAACGCAAAAAUGCUGAAGAUCAAUGGAUUGGCUUUUAGUGUCGGUUUAGAUAAAGGAACCGUUUUACCAUAAUACAAAUUGUACAGCAACAGAUCUACUGUGUUGGAAUCUGGAUUAUUCGAUCCGCGCCUUGAUAGCAAGUUUGUUUGGACCGGUGGCAGCCUUCUAGUAUCGGUUUGGGGACAUAAUAAACCCCGAGGCUCACAUUGUGGCCUGGCCGGGGGGACUAAUUAUCAUUUUUAAUCACACUAGAGUUUUCUUAGUGGAUAACAAAGUGGGAACAAGGAUUGUGGCUUGGUCUGUGCAUACCCAGACCGCGAACAUCAAAUUGUCAACAAGAUAAGCAAUUUAAUUGUUUUUAACGCGUCUUCAAAACAAUGGCGUCUUAUGUGGAUAACAGUUUUCGUCAAGCUGUGAUGAUGAAUCCGGCGGAAAGAACGCAACAGGACCUGGAGAUAGUCUACUCCUAUCUGCAUGGAAUGGAGGCCCUGUCUAACCUCCGAGAACACCAGCUGAGGAUAAUGUGUGAGACAGUGCGCUAUGAAAGACACGAAGCCAAUGAAGUGCUCUAUUACCCGGAUGACAUCGGAAGCUGCUGGUACAUCCUACUGUCCGGGUCUGUCUUCAUCAAGGAGUCCAUGUUCCUGCCAAGAAGCAGUUUUGGGAAGCGUUCUGCAGGGAGCCUGAGACGUGGAUGUGAGUGCAUCGUUCUGGAACCUUCGGAGAUGAUUGUGGUGGACUAUAUGGAGGAAAAUGAGGAGUACUUCCAGAGGCAAGCAUCACAUCGUCAGUCCCGCCGCAGGUUCCGCAAGAUCAACCAGAAAGGCGAGCGGCAGACCAUCAUCGACACGGUGGACCCAUACCCCACCGGCAAGCCACCCAUAGUCAGGGGAUAUCACACGGAAUGCAGUAAAGCUCAGCUCCCCGCAGACUUCAGCCGACUCCACCUGGCCGACGGCUUACACCCACAGGUGACCCACGUGUCUUCCAGCCACUCAGGAUGUAGUGUCACCAGCGACUCUGGAAGCAGCAGCCUGUCAGACAUAUAUCAGGCCACGGAAAACGAGCCAGGCGACAUGGACCUCAGCGGCCUGCCCGAGACCGCCGUCGACUCCGAGGAUGACGAUGACGAGGAGGACAUUGAGCGAGCGUCGGACCCCCUCAUGAGCCGCGACAUCGUGCGGGACUGCCUGGAGAAGGACCCAAUGGACCGCACCGAUGACGACAUAGAGCAAUUACUGGAGUUCAUGCAUCAGCUGCCAGCGUUUGCCAACAUGACCAUGUCUGUGAGGAGGGAGCUGUGUGCCGUCAUGGUGUUUGCCGUGGUCGAGCGGGCCGGCACCAUCGUACUCAAUGACGGGGAAGAGCUGGACUCGUGGUCAGUGAUCCUGAAUGGCUCGGUGGAGGUGACGUACCCUGAGGCCAGGCCUGAGAUCCUGUGUAUGGGCAACAGCUUCGGGGUCUCCCCUACCAUAGAGAAGGAGUACAUGAAGGGAGUGAUGAAGACUAAGGUGGACGACUGUCAGUUUGUGUGCAUAGCGCAGCAGGACUACUGCUGCAUCCUCAACCAGGUGGAGAAGAACAUGCAGAAGGUGGAGGAGGAGGGCGAGAUCGUCAUGGUCAAGGAGCACCGUGAGCUGGACCGCACCGGCACCAGGAAGGGACACAUCGUCAUCAAGGGCACGAAGGAGCGUCUGACUAUGCACCUGGUAGAGGAGCACUCUGUGGUGGACCCCACCUACAUCGAGGACUUCCUGUUGACCUACAGGACUUUCCUCUCCAGCCCCAUGGUCGUGGGCAACAAGCUCCUCGAGUGGUUCCACGACCCAAGCCUCAGGGACAAGGUUACACGGGUAGUCUUGCUGUGGGUGAACAAUCACUUCAAUGACUUUGAAGGCGACCCUGCAAUGACUCACUUUCUUGAAGAGUUUGAGAACAAUCUGGAGAGAGAGGUCCGUGUCUCAAAAAUGUACGGCCACCUUAGACUGUUAAACAUUGCCUGCGCUGCUAAAGCCAAACUGCGACUAGUGACACUGACCAAGCCAUCCAGGGAGGCCCCGCUAGCCUUCACCCUGCUGGGGGGCUCCGAGAAGGGCUUCCGCAUCUUCAUCGACAGCGUGGAGCCUGGAAGCAAGGCCGCGGAGGCCGGCCUUAAACGAGGAGACCAGAUUCUGGAGGUGAACGGGCAGAACUUUGAUAAUGUCCAGCUCACGAAAGCCAAUGAGAUCCUGAGGAACAACACCCACUUGUCAAUUUCUGUGAAAACUAAUCUUUUAGUGUUCAAGGAGCUCCUUGCCCGACCAGAGCACGACCACGAGGCAGAGGGUGAGGAGCCGCCAGAGGUGGACCGCAAGAAUGGCGCCCCGGCACACCUGCCCAAGAUCGGGGAUAUCAAGAAGGGCUCGCGCUACUCCAUUCCUGACCUGGCGGUGGAUGUUGAGCAGGUGAUGGGCCUGGAGAAGGCCAGCAAGAAGGCCAAAGCCAACACGGUGGGGGGAAGGAACAAGCUCAAGAAGAUCUUUGACAAGACGCUCACCAGCAUCCUGCCCCCAAAACCAUACAACGACGUGGGUGUGGGCCAGUCGCAGGACGACAGCAUCGUGGGCCUGAAGCAGUCCAAACAGAUUCCGGCCGCGCUGCCAGUCAGCGGCAGCCUGUCGUCCAGCAACCCUGACCUGCUGCAGUCCCACCACCGCAUCCUGGACUUCAACAACCAGCCUGCCCCAGUCGUGACGAACAUGUCAGACCAGGUGCUGCGGGUGUUCAAGGCAGACCAGCAAAGUCGAUACAUCAUGAUCGGUAAGGACACCACGGCCAAAGAGGUGGUGGCCCAGGCCAUCCGGGAGUUUGCCCUGACCGCAGUGCCCGAAGCCUAUUCGCUGUGUGAUGUGUCCAUCACGCCGGAAGGCGUCAUUAAGCAGCGCCGGCUCCCGGAGCAGCUGUCCAAGCUGGCAGACAGGAUACAGCUCAGUGGCAGAUACUACCUGAAGAGCAACAUGGAGACAGAGACCCUCUGUUCAGACGAGGACGCCCAGGACCUCCUUCGUGAAGGCCAGAUCUCCCUCCUCCAGCUGUCCACCAUGGAAGUAGCCACGCAGCUGUCCAUGCGCGCCUUCGAACUCUUCUGCGCCAUCGAGCCCACCGAGUACAUCGACGACCUGUUCAAGCUCAAGUCCAAGACGGGCUCGUUUUGCCUCAAGCGCUUCGAGGAGAUUAUCAACCAGGAGACCUUCUGGGUGGCGUCGGAGGUGACCCGGGAGCCCAACCAGCUCAAGCGCAUGAAGACGGUCAAGCAUUUCAUCAAGAUAGCUCUCCAUUGUAGAGAGUGCAAGAACUUCAACUCCAUGUUCUCCAUCAUUAGUGGUCUGAACCUGGCCCCAGUAUCUAGACUCCGGGGCACGUGGGAGAAGCUGCCCAGUAAGUACGAGAAGCUGUUUGGGGACCUGCAAGACCUGUUUGAUCCAUCCAGGAACAUGGCCAAGUAUCGCAAUGUGCUCAACAACCAGAACCUCCAGCCUCCCAUCAUCCCCCUGUUCCCCGUCAUCAAGAAGGACCUCACCUUCCUGCAUGAAGGGAACGACUCUAAAGUGGACGGCCUGGUGAACUUUGAGAAGCUGCGGAUGAUCGCCAAAGAGAUCCGCCACGUGGGUCGCAUGGCCUCCGUCAACAUGGACCCAGCGCUUAUGUUCAGAACCAGGAAGAAGAAAUGGAGGAGUUUAGGUUCUCUUAGCCAGGGCAGUGCCAACGCGGCGGUGCUAGACGUCACCCAGACGGGCGGGCACAAGAAGCGGGUGAGGCGCAGCUCCUUCCUGAACGCCAAGAAGCUGUACGAGGAUGCCCAGAUGGCCCGCCGGGUCAAGCAGUUCCUGUCCAACCUCAGCCUGGAGACCAACGAGGAGGCGCUGCAGACCCUCUCGCUGCAGUGUGAGCCCUCCAUCAACACACUGCCCAAGAAUGCUGGUGGCAGUAAAAGGCCUGACACGUCUCCGGUGGUGUCCAGGGCUGCCAGCCAGCAGAGGGGCCAGCUGCAGAAGGGCAACCAGGCCCUCCAGGUGCCUGCUGUGGCUCUCUACCCAUCACGCAAGAAAGUACCCGUCAAGGACCUGCCACCAUUCGGAACGAGUUCCCCUCAGUCGUUGAAGAAGAUCCUGUCACUGUCAGAGGAGGCCAGCAAGCGUCAGACUGAGGACACUGUAACAUCCAACAACACCUCGCAGCUCUCCUCCCCGCCCACCUCACCACAGAGCUCACCCAAGAAGGGCUACCCCAGAACAGGAGAUGCCUACUCAGACUCGUGUCACAGCGAGAUCUCAUCGCGCUCCAGCCUGGUCAGCAACUCCUCCUUUGACAUGGCCCAGGAGGAGAGGAGGGGGCUCAGGCACUCCGGCGGGGUGGGAGACCCCCACGCUGGAGGGGUGCGUCUGGAGAGGAGGGCUACGACAGACCCGGACCAGUACAGCCUCGGUUCCUACUCAUCCAUGCAGGACUGCCGGGGUCUGUAUACCUGUGCCACGGUGCUAUCUCCCAGCUCUGAAGAGCUGACCCAGGACCAAGGGGACCGUGUCUCCCUGGAUGCUGCAGACAGUGGCCGCGGCUCCUGGACCUCGUGCUCCUCGGGCUCCCACGACAACAUCCAGACCAUGCAACAGGGACGCAGCUGGGAGACCCUGGCCUUCGGGCCGGGUGGUGUGGUCAGCGUGGGUGUCCAUCCUCCCGGGGGGCCUGAAGCGUUUAUAGGGGUCCCCUCUGGAAUGUGGGCGUCUCAGGCUAGAGGGAGCUGGGCAUCGGCCUCUUCUUCAUCUUCCUCUGCAGCGUACUGGGGCGAGGACUCGGAGGGUGACACAGGCACGAUUAAACGCCGAGGCGGGAAAGACGUGAACGCUGACCCGGAGACGAGUAGUAUCACGUCCAUGGGGUCUGACGAGGCCAAGCAGCACGGGAGGCCAUCGCCCAUCACCGCCGGCAACAAGGGUCUUAUCACACGAAAGGAGAGCCGGUAUCGCGAGCCCCCUCCCACCCCGCCAGGCUACACUGCCCUGACAAUCUCUGACUUCAGUGAGGGCCAGACGCAGUCGCCACCCCCGCCCACGGCCCCAUCCCACUCUGGCCGCCGCCCACCCGACUACUCCACGGCCCUGCAGCGCUCGCGCAUGGUCACCCAGUCGCCUGACUCCCAGCAUCACCACCAGGCCCAACAACACCCAGGUUCCGGAACUACAAAGCGCCAUGGGCUCCACCGCACCCGCUCGCCAGACGAGGAUGAAGAGCCGGAGGAGGAAGAGGGUGAGUCCUUGUCUCCCAAACUAGUCGCUCUGAGGAAGACAGUGGCACACACAACACCAGAGACAACCAGGCCCUGAGAUGAGUGUACGGGUUAAAGGGCAGCCCCCCCCCAGGCUGAGAUGAUGAACAGGUAUCAGCAGUCUGAGAGAGAACUGUCUUCUGCUGGAUGACUUGAAGUCGCUUCCAUGGAGCCGGAAAAAAAGACACUGAUGGAUGGACAAAGCAAUCCAGUACGUACGUGCUUGCCUCCUGCAUCGUACUCUCCCUCCUGAUUGGUGGACUCCUCUGCUCAUCUCCCUCCCCUGCCUUAAAGCAUUAUCAGGGGUUGAAUAACCCUGCUUGAAAAAAAUACUGUGAAGAAGGAGAGACAGAAAAGAAAGAUACAAUGCCUGGCACUUUGGAAAAAAGAAAAACAAGUCAAACUGUUUUGCUGGAAAAACAUACGGCGACGCAUGACAACCACGCUCAAACACACACAGGUGUCCUGGAACAGCUUUCCAAGACCAUUAUCCCAACCCCACCUCACUUUACACACAGCAUCAUGACGUGUUGAGCUUUGUCUGCACUUUUUCUUUUUCUACUUUAUAAAACGUGAACAAAACGGACAAUGAUGAUUUAAUAAAAGAACAUUGAUCGAUUUUGAACUCUUAAGGAUUUCUUUCCAGAACUAUUGCACUCUGGGGGUAAAAGAGGCUAUACCCAAGUCUCAUCUAUGGACUCGGAAUGACAAAUCUGUCAAAAGGCUGUUUUAUUCCUUAAUUACAGUAUUAUCUGGUCAUUCACAUAUUAGAUAUGACCUGGUGGUGGCUUCACCCCACUGCUAACUGGACAGUCACAAUGAGAGAAAUAAUUGUUGGUUACCCAAAAUUAUUUCUCUCAUUGUGACUGUCCAGUUAGCAGUGGCAGUUUGGCUCCAUUCCCAACCCUGGCCUGGAUAUCGGUCUCUUUUUCCAAUACGACCAGCCACAUCUUAAGUACUAGGUAAUAUACAGUAAUGUACAGGUUUAACGGUGGGGGGCGUAGCAGUGGCCCUACCUGUCUAGCCGGUCCCAUCUGGCUGGACCUAGCUCGUUGGCCAGUCCCAUCUCCGAUUGUAAAACCCCUUCUAUUUUUAGUGAUAGAUAUGGCUGCCUAUAGUUGUUUAGCUAGGCUGGCAAGCUAGCUAGCUACCUAGCUACAUAAGUUGGCAAACAUCAAAUAAAUAUCCCCCCCACUGUAACACAGGUAUGAUAGUCGGCAAUACGUGUUUCAGAAGAUUAACUCAAGUUAGCUAGGUGGCAUCAUCCGUGUUUGUCAUCUGCCCUCUUGGUGCUGGCAUCAGCUAUAGCUGAGCUUCUAGCUAAAUCAAACUCUUUGCUAUAUUCCGGUUGAAACGUAUAGGUGAAUGUCAUCAUGUAGGUAACAAAAAUGCUCCAUCUUUGAAUUUGUGUUGAUGAGAGUUAUCACCAGACACAUUGUGGUCUGGUCAGUUUUUUUCAAUUUUGCCUAAAGGAUUGUGUUAGUGUCCGCCGCCUCCCUUUCAAAAAAGCCUGCCUUGGGGGAGGGACGGGGCCAGAGCAGGAAGCAUUGCCCACACGCGUUUUAGUCUUUCAGAGAUUGGAAAAAAUGUCAGCUUGUAUAUUUAGCAAUGAAUCCUCUGAUAGGAACAUCCAGGUUUUAAACUGGACGGUCACCUGGUGACUUAUAUUCAUUCUAUAUUUAGACAGUAUUGUUUUGGACAACUAUGUGAGAUUUAUAUUGGCUUAGUCUUGUCCCUAAUGGUGAUGUUGAAAGAGAAGUACAGAGGUGAUUUAUACCUGUUUUUAAAAUGAACCAACUUGGGGACGUGUUUGAGUUAUGCACCCCAAAGGCUUGAAUCCUAUAGAGGUGAAUGGAGUCUCGGAUCUUUCAGUGGUGCUGCAAUCUGCUGUUGCUACGUCCAUUUUUGGACUUAUAAAUUAAUGAUAUAUAUCCAUUGAUUCUUGAAGAAUAUAACUUAUAAAUGCCUCAUGAACUUAGUUCAACUUUCAAUCCCCAUCAUACCCCAAAAUAGAAUCUUGUUUUACUUCAAUGUUUGGAAAUGUAAACCGACAUUGUAUAGCCUGAAAAACAUGCUUAAAACUAAUUUUGAUAUCUUGAUUGGUCAGUCCUUGCAUACAUAUCUCCGUCUAUUCAUUUGAGUGGUUACAUUUCUCCAGGCUCAGCUUUUUAGCAAAACUGAGGCGGUGUUGAAUGCUUUAUUGUUUCAACUAAGGAUUGCCCUUUUAAGACUGAACUAGAAUACACGAGAAUGAACUAAAAUAAACCUUCUCUCCAACCUUGCUGUUGGAGACAUCCAUUCCUCGUCAUUGCAAAGCCACUUAGAGAAGUCCUCCACUGUUACAGGCAUCAAGAUCAGUGGAUGUACAUAUGAGUAGGCAAUGCUAGCGUAGAACAAACCUGUUACCCACUGUUUCGCAACAUCAUUGGAAUUGACUGAAGGUUAUUGAAUAUGUUUGUUUUUUACUCCAGUGGGGAAGUUACCUAGAUUAAAUAAUUAACUUUGAUGGCUGCUAAUCAGAAUUAUUAGUAAUCAAAUUGUGAAAGUGUCACUUAUUUUAUCACUGAGUUGUGCUGAUCACAUUGAUCAGUAGUAAAACUAUAGACUGAGAAGUAGAAAUAAACGAGUGCAGUGUUUUUCACUGUGGUUUGUCAUUACACUAUAAUCAUUUGUCAUGUUUUUUGUUCAUGAUACAUUUUUUUCUAUGGCUGCCAAUAGAUUGUCGAAUGUGUUUGUAAUUCAGUGGUAACAUGCAUCAUCAUCAUUCACUUUCCUUCAACUCUUUAGCAGGCCAAGUCCUAUUUCGAAAAACAAAACAUUGCACAACAAUGUACAAGCAUAAAGAUAAUUGUAGUAGGUAGAACUGCUACUUGGUUUGAUGUGUGAUGUCAAGUGAGAAGUGUAUAUUUAACUGGUGAUUUCUCAUACUUUCUUGUACUACUUUGACCUGUAUGUCUUUUAAAAAGACAAUUGGUGGAGUACGUAUCGGUAGUUUUUUUGUAUUUUUAAUACAAUAAUUGUAAAUAUUGGUUAUAUUUUUGUUGAAAUGUACUAUGUUUAUGCCUCAACAUCCAGUUUGUAUGAAGCUGGGAAAUCAAUAAAUACUACAAAAGUGAUCAAUUCAUAGGUUUAAAUGCACUUAUUUUUUUUCCUACAUUUGGAGGUUUCGUGAAUAUUGAAUAUUGUUCCUCUCCAAGACCUCUCCUACACACCAUCUAGUGUUUGCACAAGAUAAGACAUGGAAGUAACUUGAACUGUGUAACCCUCAUACUUUUCUAACUGACAACAGUGUACGUCAGAAUUAAUAAAAAUGUCUCCACUUG